GCCUCUCUCUAGAAUCUUUUUAUUUCUUACUUAUUUAUUUAUUUAUUUUUCAAAAUAAAAACCCUAUCACUCUCUCUCUUCUUCAAAUUCGGACCACCUGCGUCCAAUUCACGUCCAAAUCGCCGUAUUAUUCGAAUUCGAAUCCGGAUCCACCGCUCCAAAUCCGAUUCUUCUCUCUGUUUCCCUCUAUCUCCGCCACUAGAUUAUUUACACUACACCUUCAUUUUUUCUCUGUUGUGGUGGCGUUUUGUUAUCAGACAAUGACCAAGAGAACUAAGACGACGGCCAAGGGAGCUAAUAAGAGAAAAACAGCUCCUAAAGAAGAACCUAAAGCUGCUGCUGCUGCUUCUUCUUCUUCUUCUUCUUCACAAGCAAAGCCUGCUACUCGCGCUGUUAAGAGAGUCAAGGUUGAGCAUCAACAGGAGCCUGAGUACUUCGAGGAUCAGCGUAACUUGGAAGAUUUAUGGAGAGCUAUAUACCCUGUUGGAACCGAGUGGGAUCAACUGGACUCUCUUUAUGAUGGGAAGUGGAGUUUCUCAAAUUUAGAAGUGGCUGAUGUGUUCUAUUCCAAAUUUAAAGACAUUGUUGUCUUUAAACUGUCUCAGUUGGUCUUUUAUAAGGGAGAAAAUAAAGUCAUGUGCAUACCUGUUGUGGUGGCUGUCGCAUCUCCUUUCCCUCCUUCUGAUAAGAUAGGGAUUAACUCAGUCCAAAGAGAGGCUGAAGAAAUAGUUCCCAUGAAGAGAAUGAAAAUGGAUUGGAUACCUUACAUACCACUUGAGAAGAGAGGCAGCCAAGUCGAUAGAUUGAAAUCACAGAUAUUCAUUUUGGGCUGUACUCAGAGAAGGGCUUCUUUGAAAAAUAUGAAGUUCGACCAUAUGAAGAAAUUUGAAUAUUGCUUGCCUUAUUUCUAUCAUCCGUUUAAGGAAGAUGAAAUUGAACAAAGCACUGAGGUUCAAAUAAUUUUUCCUGCAGAACCAAAGCCGGUUUUCUGUGAAUUUGAUUGGGAAUUAGAUGAACUUGAGGAGUUUACUGACAAUCUGAUCAAGGAUGAGGCAUUAGCUGAAGACCAAAAGGAUGCCUUUAAGGAGUUUGUUAAGGAGAAAGUACGGGAAGCAAAGAAAGCUAAUCGGCAGGCAAAGGAAGCCCGGAAGAAAGCUAUUGAGGAAAUGAGCCAGGAGACUAAACAGGCAUUUGAAAACAUGAGGUUCUACAAGUUCUAUCCCGUGCAGACACCUGAUUCACCUGAUAUAUCAAAUGUUAAGGUACCAUUCAUAAACAGGUAUUACGGAAAGGCUCAUGAAGUGCUAUAAUCAUGCUGAUGAAAAUCUGAUAUGGCUGGAUAUCUAUUAGCCAGACUGCUUGCUUGACUGCCAAACCAUUAGCAGGUGGCUAAAUAUGUUCUUUUUUAAGUCGAGGAGGCAUACACUUGGUGCCCAAUCGGAUGAUCCUUGAUCGGCUAGUUGUAUCUGGAGAAAAAUAUUAACUUGUAGUUUCAAAAUUGGUAGAUGAAAAAGAUCAGGUACUCAAUUACAAUAGGAGAAAUUGUAAGAUACAUUCUUAAGAUUCUUUUAUUUUUCCAACAAUUUCUUGAGCUCCAGGUACAAGAGCUUAUCCCUGGUUUUUGGUAGGCCUCUGGUAAUGUUUGUUCUAA